AUGAUCAAUACCAUAUCAACCACCAAUCAAUCCCCUCCUCCACCACCACCAUUAAUACCAUUAUUAUCAUCAUCAAUGUCACCAACUUUAUUGUCAAAACAAUCAAUAAUACUAUUUCAAUCAAAGAUAUGGAAUAAUAUAGUAUUGAAAAGACAUAUAUUUUCAUUGAUUAAAGAGACUUCACCUUUUGAUCGUCAAAGACUUUUAAAAUCUAUUCAUCAUGUGCGGACGAUAAAUAUAUUUACAGAGAGACCAGAGGCAUAUGAGCAUUCACCACAGAGUCUACUGACAUGUCCCUUGUUGACAUUCAAACGAUUAAAGACGAUGAUUGAUAUCGUUGGACCUGCGAGAAUUCAAUACUAUUAUCACUACCUUCCAAGGAACCCUCUUAUGAGGUUUGACAUUUCACUGUUUCAAGAGAUGUGUCGUAUUCUUGGAGUAGAAAUGGGACUUGCAGUCAACAAAUAUAUUGGACCACUCACUUGGGUAGGUGCAGUCACCUCAAACAAUCUAGAGUUUUACAAAUACCUACGUCAGCAUUUUUCAUUUAAUCCAUCGAUCAUAGAGGGCAAACAACUGAUACGAUUGGCAGCAUUACCACACUCGUAUCGAUCAAUCAUUGAACGUGACCUUAUUACUCUGCCAAGUGGAACAGAAAUGUUGGAAAUGGUCUUUGAAGAUGUUUUCAAUUGUUAUCCUAUCGGUCUAGAUUGGUUGUCAUUGGUUGCUUACGACUUUAUCUUUUUCACUGGAGAAACUGAUAUCUACAAAGUAUUGGAAAAAUUACAUCACAAGUUAAAAGAGACAGUACCUCCUAAUCGGACAAUAUCCGAUAAAGGAUUCGUCCUAACCGAUCAAGAAAUACUUUCUCUAAUUGAAACAAACAACAAAGAUCUAUUCAAUUAUCUAUAUGACAAUCAAAAGAUUAGAAUCAAUUCAAAUUUACUUGUUUUGGUUGUUAAUAGAUGUAAUUUUGAUUUAAUCUUAUUUAUUAAUAAUCUAUCAUCAAAUGGAAAUAAUAAUAAUAAUAAUAAUAAUAAUAAUAAUAAUAAUAAUAAUAAUGGAGAUAAUGGAGAUAAUGGUUUCCUAUACUCAAUGUUAAAGUAUACAAUGAGUAAAUCUUUCAAAUAUUUAACAAGACAUAGUGACCAAGAGGUUGUUAGAAGAUUCAAAACUGAAUUCUAUCAAUAUGUCAAACCAUUACAUUAUCUCGAUCCUUUAUUAGACCAACUACUAAAACAUCAAGAUUAUAAUAAUAAUAAUAAUAAUAAGAUUAUUAUCGAACCCAAAUUCCAUGGUAGAGUAGUCAAAAAUCGAACCCCUCAACAUAUGAAAAUAUUCCAACAACAAUCAAUUGAUCCAAUUCCUCUAUUCAACUUUGACCUCUAA